AGUUUUAAACUGCUGAGGCUCGGGAGUCGAUCGACCCCAACAUCGGGGACACUCUGCCUGCUCCAGCCGAAGUAUGGUUCACAUGAUGGGGCUGCUUUCAGUGAGUGUUGUGCCCCUGCGGAACGGGGUGCAGGCUUGGGGCAGAGGCUGCGCCACCAUCCACGCAGCUUUUCGCUACAGUAACUUUAGCUCAUUAUCAAAGUGUUCUGCAUUAAAACGAAUCAAUCCCAUGGGAUUAAAUCAAUGCACUUUCACAUUGGCUCGAUUGCUCAGUUCCAAACCCCCACGAGGAUUUGAGAAGUUCUUCCCAAAGAGUGAGGACACUCCUGGAGUGAACAAAUCAUCUGAAGAGACCGGAGAUGAGAAGACCAAAGAGACAGAAUCUCAGGGCGGAGGAGAAGAGGGACAAAAUGAAAGUGGCGAGAGAGAGAGGAGGAGAGGCGGAAGGAAGGAUGAAUCAGACUGGUGGACACGCUUCCAGAAUGAUUUCCCCUUGGAUGAGAAGACCAUGCGCAAUGUCGCGAUCGGAUUCGCCGGCAUGGCCUCUGCGUUCCUGUAUUUCUACUUCCGAGAGACUGGGAAGGAAGUCUCCUGGAAGGACUUUGUAAAUAACUACCUGGCUAGAGGACUGGUGGACCGUCUGGAGGUAGUCAACAAACAGUAUGUCAGAGUCAUCCCAGUGCAUGGAGUCAACACGUCAGAGGUGAGCUACCUGUGGUUCAACAUCGGCAGCGUGGAGACGUUUGAACGCAAUCUGGUGCUGGCCCAGCAGGAGAUGGGCCUGGACUCUACACACAGAGUACCGGUGAUCUAUGGAAGCGAGAGCGACGGUACCCUCCUGAUGAGCAUUCUUCCAACCCUGUUGCUGGUUGGCUUCCUGCUCUUCACCAUGCGCCAGGGACCAAUGGCAGGAGGCCGUGGCGGGGGGCGGGGCAACCCCUUCAGCAUGGGGGAAUCCAAGGCCAAGGUCAUGAAGGACAACAUUGAUGUGAGAUUUAAGGAUGUGGCGGGCUGCGAAGAGGCCAAGAUGGAGAUCCUAGAGUUUGUCAACUUCCUGAAGAACCCCCGGCAGUACCAGGACCUGGGGGCCAAGAUUCCCAAGGGUGCAGUGUUGUCGGGUCCCCCCGGUACAGGGAAGACCCUGCUAGCCAAGGCCACAGCCGGAGAGGCCAAUGUCCCCUUCAUCACCGUCAACGGAUCUGAGUUCCAGGAGAUGUUUGUUGGCGUGGGUCCAGCCAGGGUGAGGGAUAUGUUUGCCAUGGCCCGUAAGAACGCUCCCUGCAUCCUGUUCAUCGAUGAGAUAGAUGCCGUGGGCAGGAAGAGAGGCAGAGGGAACUUUGGGGGACAGAGGGAGCAGGAGAACACACUCAACCAGCUGCUAGUGGAGAUGGAUGGGUUCAACACCAGCACUAAUGUGGUUGUCUUGGCUGGAACCAACCGACCAGACAUCCUGGACCCAGCACUGAUGAGACCUGGGCGCUUCGACAGACAGAUUUACAUAGGUCCACCAGACAUAAAAGGCAGAGCAUCCAUCUUUAAGGUCCAUCUGAGGCCUCUGAAGCUGGACUCCAGUAUAGACUCUGAAGCUUUGGCCAGGAAACUAGCUGCCCUCACACCUGGCUUCACUGGAGCUGAUAUUGCCAACGUGUGUAAUGAGGCGGCCCUGAUAGCAGCACGCUACCUUAACGAGUCUAUCAUCGUCAAGCACUUUGAGCAGGCCAUCGAGAGGGUCAUCGGAGGUCUGGAGAAGAAGACCCAGGUACUACAGCCAUUAGAGAAGACCACUGUAGCAUACCACGAGGCUGGCCAUGCUGUGGUGGGCUGGUACCUGGAACAUGCUGACCCUCUGCUCAAGGUGUCAAUCAUCCCCCGGGGGAAGGGUUUGGGGUAUGCUCAGUACCUCCCUAAGGAACAGUACCUGUUCACACGGGAGCAGCUGUUUGACAGGAUGUGUAUGAUGCUGGGGGGACGUGUGGCAGAGCAGGUCUUUUUUGGGAAGAUCACCACAGGGGCACAGGAUGACCUCCGGAAGGUCACGCAGUCUGCCUACGCACAGGUGGUUCAGUUUGGGAUGAGUGAGGUGGUGGGCCAGGUGUCUUUUGAGCUCCCCAGGCAGGGAGAGAUGGUGAUGGAGAAGCCUUACAGCGAGCCCACGGCCCAGCUCAUAGACCAGGAGGUCCGCUCACUCAUAGACACUGCCUUCCAACGCACACAGCAGCUCAUCACUGAGAAGAGAGAUGUGGUAGAGAAGGUGGGGAGGCGUCUCCUGGAGAAGGAGGUUCUGGACAAGGCUGAUAUGCUGGAGCUGCUGGGUCCUCGCCCCUACAAGGAGAAGUCUACGUAUGAGGAGUUUGUGGAGGGGACGGGGUCCAUGAAGGAGGACACCUCCCUUCCAGAGGGCCUCAAGAACUGGAACAAGGACCGGGGGACGGAAGAGCCUCCCCAGGAGCAGCAACGCAAGCAGGCUCUUUACCUGUAGACUGACACCACGUCUGACCUGGCCCCCACCCAACCAGGCCACUGGAGGAACAUGUUGAGACUUAAUUUAGUGAGGGGAGGGCACUUGACAUGACCCAGACAGACUGAUAUCAGGAGAGGGUGUCAGGUUUAAGAAGGCACCCCUGCACCGUGUCCCUGAUGGCUACAGAUUGAGGGUUGUGGGGUGCAGCAGGGCAUAAGAUUCAUCAAUCUGUGAAGGAUAUCCUCCACCAUGCUCUUCCUUUCCUUCCCUGGAGAUUCCCUGCUGUACUAUGUUCUUCCUUUAUCCUGACCAUAGUGCAUUCCAGGGCCGGUGUGGUCAUUCGAAGGCCCUAGAGACCAUUGUCGUCACAGGGAAAAGAUAUUGUUUUAAUAGUUUUGUAGUAUUCAUUAUUUGACCUUUUUCAUUGUGUGUUGGAUGAGUUUGUCUGACAUGCAACAUUUUUAUUAAUAUAUGAUCAUGUACAUCAGGGAUGGGUGACUGUCUGUGGCCAUUUUGAAGGCCCUUGGAUAAAUCCCCCCCAACUUACUGUUGUGAGUUAAAAUACACAAGGUGCAAUUUCUACAUUUGGUUGCACAUCCGUUUGUCUGUUAUGUUAGUCAAUUAGCAAUUUUAUUGAUGUAUUUUUAUGAUGUAGGUAUGCAGAUCUGUGAGCAACUGCAGCCCCUCAUGAUGAGUUCAGUUUUUUUGUGGCCCUCACCCCCAUCAAUACUACCCAUCCCUGAUGUACAUCUCAUUUGAAGUGAGAUAUUUUCUUUUAGAUUUCAUAUUGGAACAUGAAGGGCUAUGUGAGUGUGUGUUGCACCAUUGUAAUAAUUUGGUUGGUGCUAAUUUGUCCUCUUUCACACAUACAAGUGUAUAUUAAUACCGUGUGUGAUUUGGACAGCCAGGGUCUGCCAUUAUCAACGGUGACCCUGGAGGUAAGUGCCUUGCUCAAGGGCACAUUGACAGAUUUGGUUUUCACCUUGUUGGCUCUGGGUUCUAGCAACCUUUAACUAGCAACCUUUAAGUUACUGUCCCAACGCUCUAUCCGCUAGGCUACCUGCCGUGCUACGUAUAAUCCUCAACGUUUUUGCUACCUUCUGACCUUAUUGAAUUUCAGCGACGUGUUCAUGUUCCCAUGUCUCUCUUCAGUCAUUGACACUUGUUAACUAAACAGCCAUGUGACUGCGGAGGGUUUUCAGAAAGCUCAGCAGAAAUCCAGUCCAUGCAGAGCAGACUCUAACACUGGGACAGUAUGAUAUUUACAUUGUAUUUUAUAGGUUCAAACUGUUAGUCGGCCUAAUUGAAGAAAAACACGUCUUCUGAAUGUCACUUUUCAGUCUUUUGCGAAAAACAACCGCCACUCCUCUACCUGCCCACUUUUCCCCACAGGAAAACAGCUUCUGAGUUUUAUUUCUGAGUACAACUAGUGUACACUACCUCACCUCAUAUGCUCUCUCAAUGUUGCUAUAAGUCAACUGACAACAUAUGAACUUCACACGUCUUUUGUGAAGUAUUGAGAUACAUACACUACUGUUCAAAGAUUUGGUAUCACUUAGAAAUGUCCUUGUUUUUGAAAGAAAAAAAAAAAAUUGUCCAUUUAAAUGAACAUAAAAUUGAUCAGAAAUACAGUGUACGGGUAGACAUUGUUAAUGUUGUAAAUUACUAGUGUAGCUGGAACCAGCAGAUUUUUUCAAAUGGAAUGUCUACAUAGGCGUACAGAGGCCCAUUAUCAGCAACCAAUGGCACGUUGUGUUAGCUAAUCCAAGUUUAUAAUUUUAAAGGCUAAUUGAUCAUUAGAAAAACCUUUUGCAAUUAUGUUAGCACGGCUGAAAAUUGUUGUUCUGAUUAAAGAAGCAAUAAAACUGGCCUUUAGACUAGUUGAGCAUCUGGAGCAUCAGCAUUUGUGGGUCUGAUUAUGGCCAGAAACAAAGAGUUUCUUCUGAAGCUGGUCAGUCUAUUCUUGUCCUGAGAAAUGAAGGCUUUUCCAUUCGAGAAACUAAAACUCUCGUACAAUGCUGUGUACUACUCCCGUCACAGAACAGUGCAAACUGGCCCUAACCAGAAUAGAAAGGAGUGGGAGGCCCCGGGGCACAACUGAGCAAGAGGACAAGUACAUUAGUGUCUAGUUUGAAAAACAGACGCCUCACAAGUCCUCAACUGGCAGCUUCAUUAAAUAGUACCCGCAAAACACCAGUCUCAAAAACAACAGUGAAGAGGUGACUGUCCAGUGUGUGUUCUUUUGCCCAUCUUAAUAUUUUAUUUUUAUUGGUCAGUCUGAGAUAUGGCUUUUUCUUUGUAACUCUGCCUAGAAGGUCAGCAUCCCGGAGUCGUCUCUUCACUGUUGUUGUUGAGACUGGUGUUUUGCGGGUACAAUUUAAUGAAGCUGCCAGUUGAGGACUUGUGAGGCGUCUGUUUUUCAAACUAGACACUCUAAUGUACUUGUCCUCUUGAUAUAUUCACUAUUAUUCUACAAUGUAGAAAAUAGUUUUUUUAAAUAAUUUCAAACUCUUCAAUGAGUUCGUAUGUACGAACUUUUGACUGGUACUAUAUAUCUCCAUAGCAACGCCAGCCGAGCCAUGCUUACUCCCACGCCCCUGGAGAAACCCUGUAGAGGGGUUUUGGUUUCCACUUCUCAGAAUAGAGGGUAUUGGGGUUUUUGGAGAAGUAAUGAGAUGAUGUCGUACCGAUCUGCAUUGCACUUUCUGAAGGUUGUUUUUUACCUUUUACUGCUGAAAAUAAAGGUGUCACUACCUCACUCAA